UUUUGCGCCCUUUAAAUCAUGAAUAUUCAUCAACAGUGACCUAUCGAAAAAUCCCGGAUGUUGAGUCCUCUUUCCACACGGGCAAAAUGGCGGACGGUGUUCCAGCAAAGCUGCCCACGCAACCCGAGACCCUCUUGAAAAAGAGGAAGAAGGCUCAAACUGAAAAAGCACGACGUGCUCAGGUCCGGCUUCUCAAAAAGAAGAGAAAUGCCACCAAAAGGAAGACGAUCUUCAAGCGUGCGGAGCAGUACGUCAUGGAUUACAAGCGAAAGGAACGUGACAUCAUCAGACUGAAGCGUGUCGCCAGGAAGCAUAACAACUUCUACGUGCCUGACGAACCCAAGCUUGGCUUCAUCAUUAGGAUCCGUGGUAUCAACGGUGUCAGCCCCAGGGUGCGCAAGAUCCUCCAACUCCUGCGUCUUCGUCAGAUCCACAACGGUUCCUUCAUCCGUCUGAACAAGGCCACUAUCCAGAUGCUGAGACUGGUGGAACCCUACAUUGCAUGGGGGUACCCUAACUUGAAGUCGGUGCGGGAGCUUAUCUACAAGCGGGGGUUCGGCAAGGUCCAAAUAAGACGCGUCCCCAUCACCUCCAACGAGAUCAUUGAGCAGUCGCUAGGCAAGUACGGCAUCAUCUGCAUCGAGGAUCUGAUCCACGAGAUCUUCACCGUCGGACCCAACUUCAAGCAGGCCAACAACUUCCUCUGGCCGUUCAAGCUCAGCAGCCCCCGCGGUGGCUACAAGAAGAAGGGCAACCACUUCGUCGAGGGUGGUGACUAUGGCAACCGGGAGGACAAGAUCAACGAGUUCAUCCGUAAAAUGAACUAAGCUCCGCCCACUUUCCCAACAAUUCCCCACAAAAUCCAAUAAGACCUUUCAUUGUGGAGUAAGUUAAAAACAUGGCACACCACUCAGUAAUUUUUUUGUCUGUUCUGAAUUUGAAGCCUUUUCAUUGAUGUACACGCUCCUGAAUUUGUAAAUCGCAUUUGAUGGCAUUUACUUUUUUCAGAGACGCAGUUGUCGAGCCGGAAAACCCUCAGAAAUGCAAAAGAAACAAUGUGUAAGCCAAAUGAUUCUGUGUAAUCGUUUUCCCUUACCAUAAAGAUGGGAGAAAAUAAAAGUAACACUUCUAAUUUAAA